AUGGCGGAAUUAAAGCCCCUCGAGGGCACCAAUUAUUUUCUAUGGUUCUACCUGCCUCAGAUGUGGGCCAGUUUACUAUUUCUGGCACUUUUCAUCAUCCUCACCGGGUUACAAAUUUGGAAGAUGGUCAAAACACGUACUUGGUUCUGUAUCCCCUUCGUCAUUGGCGGUAUAUUUGAGUUCCUCGGUUAUGCCUUGCGAGCCAUGGCCUACAAAAACACCGACAAGAUAUUGCCUUAUGCUUUCUUUUCCAUGGCCACGCUCCUAGCGCCAGCUCUCUUUGCUGCCUCUAUCUACAUGACUCUCGGCCGGCUUGUCCGCUCUGUCAACGCCCAAUCGCUUCUAAUUAUAUCCGAUAGAUGGAUCACUAGAAUAUUUGUGGCUGGAGAUAUAGCAUCCUUCAUCGUGCAAGGUAUCGGCUGUGGUUUGAUGGUAAUGAGAAACCAGAAAAUGAUGAAAUUAGGCGAGGACAUUGUUGUGGCUGGACUGGCCAUACAGAUCAUUAUCUUUGGGUUCUUUGGUCUGACUGCCGCUCUCGUGCACCAAAGAAUGUGCAAGUUUCCCACCCAGUUCGAUGCUGGUGAUAUCAAAUACCACCAGGGACUCGGAAUGCUCUAUGUUGUGUCAGCUCUGAUUCUGAUCCGCUCCAUAUUCAGAUUGGUGGAGUUUGUUCAAGGCAGGGAAGGAUACCUACUUCAGACCGAAUGGCCCACUCUGGUUUUUGAUGGAAUGCUCAUGUUUCUCACGAUGGUUGUCUUCUUCAUCUGGCAUCCUGCGAAGUAUGUCUCGAGAAAGGGGGAAGGUUCGAUGACUGAGCUAGGGUCCAUCACCGAGCGUCCAUUUGUGAAAUAG